AUGGCUUUGCCGUCCGCGCGGCCGGCUUCAUGGCGAUGGCUGGCCAUUACUCUGGCUUCGCUCUGGCCUGCCGUCGCCGUUGCUGAGCAAUCGAAAACCUCGGCCGACUACUAUGUCCACGAUCUUCCGGGACUGGCGCAGGACUCGCUGGCCGUGAAGAUGCACGCUGGCCACAUUGAAAUCACUCCCGAGCACAACGGAAACCUCUUCUUCUGGCAUUUCCAGAACCAGCACAUUGCGAACCGUCAGCGAACCGUAGUAUGGCUCAACGGCGGGCCGGGAUGCAGCUCGGAGGAUGGCGCAAUGAUGGAGAUUGGACCCUACAGAGUCAAGGAUGAGCACACACUGGUUCCCAACAAUGGAUCAUGGCACGAGUUCGCCAAUCUGCUCUUCGUCGAUAAUCCGGUCGGCACUGGCUUCAGCUAUGUCGAUACCGACAGCUACCUCCGUGAACUAAAUGAAAUGGCAGACCAAUUUGUCAUCUUUCUGGAGAAGUUCUUUGCUUUAUUUCCCGAGUACGAGCAUGACGAUCUAUACUUUGCGGGAGAGUCAUACGCCGGACAGUACAUUCCUUAUAUCGCCAAAGCAAUUGUGGAUCGCAACAAGAAGAAGAUUGAGGAAAAGAAAGACGAGGACACUUGGAGCCUAAAGGGGCUGCUCAUUGGAAAUGGCUGGAUCUCCCCGAGGGAUCAGUAUGACAGCUAUCUUCCGUUCGCAUACGAAAAGGGCCUUCUGACCAAGGACUCGGAUGUCGCCAAGAAGCUGCAAUCCAGCGUUCGGAUAUGCCAGAACAAGCAAGGCAGUGAUCCGGGCCACGUCGACUACGGCGAGUGUGAGAGCAUCCUCAGCGCAAUAUUGGACAUGACCAGAAAGGGCAAUGGAAAGGAUGCCUGCUGGAACAUGUAUGAUGUCCGCCUUAGAGAUGAGUACCCCAGCUGCGGAAUGAACUGGCCUCCGGACUUGGCCGUCGUCACCCCAUAUCUGAGGAGACCAGACGUUGUAAAGGCGCUUCACAUCAAUCCUGCCAAUGCCGGCAACGGUUGGCAAGAAUGCAGCGGAGCAGUGAGCGGUACUUUCAAGGCGAGAACGUCAGUUCCUUCAGUCGAGUUGCUGCCCGGUCUCUUGACAGAGGUUCCUAUUCUGCUGUUCUCGGGAGCAGAAGACCUCAUUUGUAACCACAUUGGUACGGAAAACAUGAUCAGCAACAUGGAAUGGAACGGAGGAAAGGGUUUCGAAAUAACGCCUGGAAACUGGGCUCCCCGUCGAAAGUGGACUUUUGAGGGCGAAGUUGCUGGGUUCUGGCAAGAAGCCCGCAACCUCACCUACGUCUUGUACUACAACUCAUCUCACAUGGUGCCAUUUGACUACCCUCGCCGCACACGCGACAUGCUAGACAGGUUCAUGGGAGUCGACAUCAGCAGCAUUGGUGGCGAGCCAACGGACAGCCGCAUCGACGGCGAAAAGGGCGUGGAGACGACGGUUGGCGGAGCUUCCAACAACACCCACGCCCAUGAAGAAGAGACGCACAAGAAAAUCGACGAGGCCAAAUGGGCAGCCUAUCAAAGAUCGGGCGAAAUCGUCCUGGUCAUCGUCAUCGUUGCGGCCGGGGCCUGGGGAUACUUUAUCUGGCGCCAGCGCAGAGCUCGUGCCGCCUAUAGGGCACUCAGCGGCGAUGAGCCUCCGAGCCGAAACGGAUCUCGUCUAAACUUCUCUGCCCGUAGACGGCGUGCGGAUGUCGAGGCGGCGGAUUUCGAUGAGACUACUCUGGACGAUUUGCAUCUGGAAACACCGACUGCUUCGGAGAACAAGUACACCGUUGGAGAUGACGAUAGCGAUGAGGGAUUAUCAGAAGCGGAGCGUGAGAAGAGGAGGAAGGCCAACCAGGAUGGGUCGAGCUAGAAGUGAGCGGUGUCCUUUUGGUUUUCCUUCAGUAAAAAGCAUUAUUACAUGGACAUGGGGGGAAGGGGGGAACUGCUCUGAUUCUUCUAUAACUACUAGCUAGAAACUGGUGCGGGAGUCAUCAUACAUGGUCAUAGGUACUGUAUUUUACAUUUUCACAAUGUGUUUUGGGUUGAUUGUUUGUUAAAGAUGAAUAUAAAUUCUGAUUCUCUAG